GUGGGCAAUGAAGGCGGAAACACGUGAUGCUCCCCGCUCGCAGGAAGCGCUGCUUUUCCGCGAAUAACCCCCAGCUGCAGCCUUUGAGGCUGCUGCCGGCCCGUCGGCGCGAUGCUGGGGAGGCUCCUGGCCGGCAGGGCCGGGCGGUGGUGGCCGGCAGCUCGGCUGCGUGCCCGGGACCCCCCAGGGGCUCUCCCACUCCCACGCUUUGGGAGAGGGUUUGUUGAUGAAGCGAGGGGCACGCGGGACGCUGCCUCUCGGACGGCGACUCCAGCUUCUCCGCCGUUCAAAAAUGACAGAAGGCCUACGAAUUUCGAUAAAAAGGUGUUAGUAUGGGCAGGACGCUUUAAAAGGGAGGAGGAGAUUCCCGCCUUCAUAUCGUCCGAGGUCCUCGAUGCUUCGAGGAACAGCGUGAGGAUAAAAGUUUGUUACAUCAUGAUUGCGCUGACCUUGCUGGGCUGUUUGGCCAUGGUAGUCUCGGGCAAAGAAGCUGCUAAAAGGGAUCACACACUGCUGAGGAUGAACACAGAAAAGAAGGCCAAAUGGAGGGCCGAAACAGAGAGAGAUCAGGAGGCAGCUGUUGAGACACCGCGGUGAUCGAGACUAGAUUUAUUUUAACAGCAGGAGAUAAGUGUUUUGCACACACGGCAUAUGUACCUGUCUUCAUUUAACUCUUUGGAUCUUUCUCCCUGCAACUCUCUCAGGGCAAAGACCUCAUUGCCUAAAAAUUGCUCAAUACGAGCUGUGAAAACUCCUAUGGAAAUUCCAGCAGAUGUUUUCCGUGGCCUCUGGUCUUUGCCGCUGGGUUCACCUGAAAUACAGAAGUCGUCUGCUAACUGAAAAUUGGGAUGGGUGCAGGACCCCCCCAGUUCAGACUCGCCUCUGUGCGGUGCCACCAGAGUGUCUUCUCCGUGCCAGGAAAGAUGUGGCCUGACAUUGGGGAGCACCUAAUUCCGCAAAAUUCCCCUGAUGACAACAGGCUUAGCCAAAGUGACUGGCAGGGGGGAAAGAGGUCUGAAAUAUGUUUUAAAAUCACAAAGAGGUCAAUUACUUCUCUACCUCUGAGCCUGCUGCACCUCUCCAGUUCUGCUUUUUGAUCUUCUAGUUCAGGGCAUUGUCAUAAAAGUUCCCCAGCACUUGUUUAGUUGUGGUUUUAGUCAGGAUUAAUUGUUAAUACAUGGUUUGCUAAAAUUGGGUUCUUUUUAAUCAUCAUAGUUCAUUAAUCCAUAAUAAAACAGCUGUCCAAUUACAUCUAAAAUAAACGCAUCUCUUCACAGCUUCA